CGCGACGCGCGACGCGGACCGCACUCGCGACGCUCGGCGCACCGAAGUCCGAUGAUGACGCACGCGAUGCCGACGCGCGCGGCGAUGCCGACGCGCGCGGCGACGACGCGACGCGAAAGAUGCGAUGACGGCGUCGCGAUGACGACGACGACGACGACGCGCCGACGCGCGGUGACGCGACGCGCGGCGACGCGAACGACGACGCGGACGCGAACGGUGAUGCGCGCGGUGAUACCGCGACCGGGCGCGAGCGUGGCGGAGGGACUGGAGAUACCGUCGUACGAACACGUGCGAGAGGCGUACGAAAAGGUGAGCGGAGGGGUGGUGCGCUCGCGGUGCACGCACUCGAAGACGCUGAGCGCGCUGACGGGGAUGGAGAUUUACUUGAAACACGAGUGGGAACAAGCGACGGGGUCGUUUAAGGAGCGAGGGGCGCGGAACGCGCUGAUGGCGCUCGACGCGGAGCAAAGAAAGCGAGGCGUCAUCGCGGCGAGCGCGGGCAACCACGCGCUGGCGCUCGCGUAUCACGGAAGAGAACUCGGGAUUCCGGUGACGGUGAUCAUGCCGUCGAUCGCGCCGCUGACGAAGAUUACGAAGUGCCAAAAGUUGGACGCGCGCGUGAUUUUGGAAGGGGACACGAUCGCGGACGCGGCGGCGUAUGCGAAAGAGAACUACGUCGUGAAGGGCGAAAUGCUCAAGUACAUCAACGGUUUCGACGACUUUGAAAUCAUCUCCGGCGCCGGUUCGGUCGGUAUCGAGAUGCUCGAAGACGUUCGCGACGCGGACGCCGUGGUGAUUCCCGUCGGCGGUGGUGGCUUGAUUGCCGGUAUCGCGCUCGCCGUGAAGCACCUCAAGCCGGGGUGCCAAGUCAUCGGCGUCGAGCCCGAGCGCUGCGCCUCCAUGACGCUCGCGCUCGAAGCGGGUGAACCCGUCAAGGCGCCGACGACGGCGACGCUCGCUGAUGGUCUCGCCGUUCCUACCGUGGGUCCGCGCUCGUUCCAAACCGUUAAAAACUUGAUUGACGAUAUCGUACUCGUCAGCGAGUCAGACAUCGCCGUCGCCAUGUUGAGACUUCUCGAAAACGAAAAGCUCGUGCAAGAGGGCGCUGGGAUUUCCGGUUUGGCCGCACUCUUGACCGAUAAGCUCCCCGGUCUCAAGGGCAAGAAAGUAGUGGUCGCCAUGUGCGGUGGUAACAUCGAUACGAGCACGCUCGGUAAAGUGCUCGAGCGCGGCUUGGUCUCGGACGGGCGACUCGUGCGCUUCGCGUGCGUCGUUCCCGACAGACCGGGUGGUAUCGCUGGCGUGUGCAACAAGAUAGCCGACGUGGGUGCUUCGAUCAAGCACAUCGUUCACGAGCGCGCUUGGUUAGACCAAGACUCUCACUGCGUCCUCGUCGAUGUCGAAUGCGAAGUGACCGACAGUAGCAUGGGCGAGGAGCUCUACGACGCCAUCAGCUCGGCGUACGUCCUGCGUACCGCUAACUUUGGACCGGCGAACCGCCCGAAGGUCCCCGCGCGAACGCCCGCACGUCGAGACGACGUCGACGCAAAUGAUCUGAAGAAUCCUGUGACGUCGUGCGAUUUGUUCGACGAAGACUGCACGUCCAUUUACCCCGAAGACGAGUAACUCCGGUUACGCCGUCGCAGCAUCGCAUGCAUCGCGC